CACUGAGCACAAUGUCUGUCAUUUGAUUUAGAUCAGUGCAUCAUAUGAGCAAUCCCUGGUUGAAGCUCGGAAGCUCAUUGAGCGAGAAAUGGAGAGGUUUAAGAUCUGUGAGAAAGAGACCAAGACAAAAGCCUUCUCUAAGGAAGGACUCUGGGGAAUCUAGGUAGUGAGGUCUUCAUGGAUUAUCUUAAAGCAUUGCUUUAGCUGAGCAUGAAGAGUUCUGUGGCAGCGUCAGCAUCUCAAGUUCGGAGCAGAAGUUUGCCAACACAUCAUCAGAGUACUUCUCAAGAGAAGACAGAGUUACCGGAGAGCAAUUAUGAGACACCUCCAAAAACACCUCCCUCAAAGAAUGGUGCAAGCAUUCACUCAGCACCAUCAACACCCGUUGGGGGACGACGUCCAAGCUCGAAUGUUCCCGUCAGAAAUGUUUCAAAUGCACCAGCGGUUACAGAAAGUACAACAAAGCCAAAGUAACCCCUUAGGCAUUCCUUCUCUAUCUGGAGGAAACGAGAAGCAGUUUUCUUCACAAAAGCAAAAUCCUCUUUUGCAGAAGAGCUCUGCCAUCUCUCCUCAUGGUAGCUUGGGAAUUCAGGCACCAGGUUUUAAUGUCAUGAGUUCUGCCUCCUUGCAGCAGCAAUCAAAUGCCAUGACUCAACAAUUGGGUCAGCAGCCUUAUGUUGCUGAUGUAGAUCAUGUGGGAAAUGAUGAUCAGCUGCAGCAAAACUUACCUGAUGAUUCAACUUCCAUAACAGCUUCAAAAGCUAUUUCAAGCGAGGGUGAUUCUAAAGGUCUAUUUGAUACCUCGCAGCAAAAGAGCUGAAGAUUGCAACUGAUGAGUAUGAACAAGGAGCCUAUGUUUACUUUGAUUUCCAAACCCCCAAAGACGAGAGUCAAGGAGGAUGGUUCAAAGGAUCAAAAACGAGUUCACAUUUGAAUAGACUUGCCUUGACGAUGAGCUCGCCGUAUAGGAAAUAAAAGAGAUAUUAUAUGUAUAUAGACUCUUUCGCAAAUGCUAUUUCCGAAGUCAACUUUUACAUUUUUCUUUUCGUCAAAAAAAAAAAGCUUUUACAUUUUUCAUUUCAGUAAACUAAUUACUUUUCGGUUUCAAAGUUUGAGAACUUUUGGUCGAAGACUCUUGACAACUAAAUG